UAUUGCUCUCUGCUGUGGGAAUAGAUGGCAAUAAUGAGAUCUUCCCCAUAGCAUAUGUUGUAGUUGGCCAAGAAGACAAGCAGUCAUGGACCUACUUCUUUUGGCAUUUGCUGAACAUUGUAAAAGAUUCAUCAAGAGGGCAUUGGACUAUUAUUUCUGAUAGGCAAAAGGCAAGUGUUUGUUGCUUUUUUCAAAUUUUCAUUCUUUUUUUUUAUAUGCAAACAUACAAAUGCUCAUGCUGUAAUCAUUGUUUCAGGGAGUUGAACUUGCACUAGAACAAGUAUGGCCAAAAGCUGACAGGAGGUUCUGCUGUAGGCAUCUAAGUAGAAACUACAAGAAGCUAUUUCCAGGCCCUAUGAUGUAUGUUCUAUUCUGGAGAGCAUGCAAUGCUUCUUCAGCUUUCACAUUCAGGAAAGCUAUGGAGAAGUUGCAGAAAGCAGGAGGAGAUGAUGUCAUGACUUGGUUUGCAGAAUUGGGAGAGAAGACUAAGUGGAGUAAGCAUGCAUUUGACCCAAAUGUUUGCAAUGACUCCAAUACAUCCAAUUUUGUAGAGAGCUUCAACUCUACUCUAGGGGUGAAUAGGUGUAGGCCUAUUUUGACUUUGCUAGAAGGAAUAAGGAGGGUAUGUAUGGUUAGAAUAGCAACAAGAAUGGAGAAUGCAAAGUCUUGGAAUGAUGAAGACAUAACUCCAAAAAUUGUGAAGCUAGUGAAAGAAAUAGGAAAAGCUAGCUCAAAAUGCAGAGUAUUCAAGUCCAGCCCAGGUGAAUAUGAAAUUCAUGAGGGAAGAUCACAAUUUCCUCUCAGCUUAAACAAGAAAGUUUGUUCUUGUGGGGCAUGGCAACUGACAAGUGUGCCUUGUAGGCAUUCCAUUAGGGCUUGCAUUGAUGCCAAGUUGGACCCACAUGACUUUGUCAGUUCCUGGUACUCUGUGAAGACUUAUAAGCAAGCUUACAGUGUCUGUAUCAACCCAAUUCCUGACAUAGAGCAAUGGCCUGCAGAUGAGUCAGGUAGAAUCAUCAUGCCUCCUAAGAUGAAGAUGGGAAUCGGAAGACCAAGCAGGAACAGAAAGAGGGAAGAAGGUGAGGAGCAACCUGGAAAAAGGUCAAAACAGUGAAAUGCAGCAAAUGUGGUUGCUUUGGGCAUAAUAAGACAACCUACAAGGGAGGCUUAACAGGAAAAGAGUUGAAGACAAAUGAGUCUGUUGUCAUCAAGAACCCUAGGGUCAGAGACCAAAGUAAUGCAGCAAAGGCAGCUAAGGCAACAAAGCAAUCUGAAGCACUUGGAUCUCAGUCUGCAGCAACUCAACCUUCAGCAUCUCAAGCAGCAGCUUCAACCAAAAAAACUAAGGGAAAGAAGGGUAGACCCUCAGCUGAGCAACAAACAGUGCUGACAGCCUCACAGUUGCCUAGCCAACCAAUCCAGAUGUCUCAAGGAAACUCUCAAAGCUAGCAAGUGUUCUGUUUUGCAAAGUAGUAGCAAAUGCUUUUUUUGGUGAUUUGGAUAGAAAGUCAAAAUUUGUAGUCAACUCUAUAUGUUUUGAAUUUUUUUGCUGAACUUACAUGGUAAUGUUGAAGAAUUAUGCCAUUUUGUCUAUAUUAAGAAUGGUGGCCACAUUUUGAAUGAUUUUCCAGACUUUAAUGAAUGUUGGCAACUGAUGCCAUUUUGUUCAGCUUGUUAAUUUUAGUUGAUCUCAAUGAUUGAUUCAUUCAAAACCAAGAAAAUACAACCUUACUCAAUCAAAAUGCAAAUUAUUUUUCCAUUUUCAUUCAAAACCAAGAAAAUACAACCUUACUUUUAUAAUUUGUUCCUAGUACACUUAGUCUCUGAAGUACAUGGCAACUAAAUACACAAUGCUCAUUUCAGGGUUACAAACAGUAAAAUAAGAUACAUCACAAGAGCAAUUCUAACAACCAUAUAAACAUAGCUUGCAAACUCAUAUGCUUUGUCUGUGAAAUCAAUAAAUUCCUCUCUUAAUACUCUCAAAUUGGAUGAUUCUUCAUGAUUGGCUAUAAUUUGAUCUUCAGGAACCCACAUGAACAAACCACAAUGCCUGCACUUGUAAUAUGACCUCCCUGGAUUCGAAAUUGAGUCAGACACCCUAAUAUCAGCAAGUCUUGGUGGAUUACAAUUGCAUUGAAUUCGUCUCACCCACAUGGACCUCCCAAAUCUGCUGCCAGAAGAGGAACCACUGCCUGCAGAACCAGCCAUGUCAGAACAGCAGGGACCAACAGAAAUAAAAAGAAAAGAAGAAGAGGUGAGCUCGAAAAAAUGGAGGGGAAAUUUUAUGGAGAAUAGAAGAGGGAAAGUGGGGUUUUAUAGGGAGAGAAUAAGGGUUGGGAAGUUGGAGGGAAAUAACAGCAACAUUAAGGGGGAAAUUUUGGAGGGAAAUGAUUAAAAAAAUGGGGGUAUAUUAGUCAUUUCAUCUAUUACUAAGCCUAAAAUGUGAAUAAAAUAAGUUAUUAACGUCUUAUUAACAGACUUAAUCACGUCAAUUAUAAAGUCAAAACCUCAAGUGUAUCAGCAGGAAGUCAAAAAAAAAAUGUGGUACCGCUGAGAAAAGUCAAUACCUGGAGUGUAUCAAUGGGAAUUUCCC